GAAUGGAUGUGGUCGCUUACUGGCCACAAUCGAGAAUCGAGAAUUAAAAUCGACUAUGGUGGCGAGUUGCAGAGCAUGCUGCCUCAUCAAGCACCAGAUCGACUUAAUUCUGGCGAAGUCUGCCUUUUAGCUGAGAGUCCUUACAGAAUCCUGAGGGCAGCUGAGAGUGGAAAUGUGGAAGAUUUUAUGCGGUUGUACUUGAGUGAGCCUUCACGGUUAGCUGUGAAGGAUGCUCGAGGACGGACCGCCGCCCACCAAGCAGCUGUCAGGAAUAACACCAAUAUAUUGCACUUCAUUAACAACUACGGUGGAGAUUUGAACGCCAAGGAUAAUAACGGGAAUACUCCGCUCCAUCUUGCAGUAGAAAGCGAGGCUCUCGAGUCUAUCGAGUUCUUAUUACAGCAACACGUCGAUACGAGUGCAUUGAAUGAGAAAACUCAGGCGCCUAUACAUCUGGCGAGUGAAUUAAACAAGGUAGCAGUUCUAGAAGUGUUUGCCAAAUACAAAUCUCAAUUCAACGUUGAUCUCGGCGGCGAACACGGCAGGACAGCCUUACAUUUCGCCGCUAUUCACGACCACGACUUAUGUGCACGAAUUCUGAUAAAUGACUUGGGUUCUGUAUGGAAUCGCCCUUGUAACAACGGGUACUAUCCAAUACAUGAAGCCGCUAAAAACGCAUCAUCCAGGACCAUGGAAGUAUUUCUCCAGUGGGGGGAGUCGAAGGGUUGUACCAGAGAACAAAUGAUAUCCCUCUACGACAAUGAGGGGAAUGUGCCAUUGCAUUCAGCUGUCCAUAGCGGUGACAUAAAAGCAGUUGAACUUUGCCUUAGUUCUGGCGCAAAGAUAUCUACUCAGCAACAUGAUUUAUCUACACCUAUCCAUUUGGCUUGUGCCCAGGGAGCUCUAGAUAUCGUAAAACUGAUGUUUGCAAUGCAGCCCAAAGAGAAAAUGGCUUGCUUGACAUCCUGUGAUGUUCAAAAGAUGACGCCACUGCACUGCGCCGCCAUGUUUGAUCAUCCGGAUAUUGUGAACUAUCUGAUUAUUGAAGGCUCCGACAUAAAUCCAUUGGACAAAGAGAGAAGAUCGCCAUUACUGCUCGCAGCAUCUAGAGCUGGCUGGAGAACUGUUCACGUACUGAUCCAACUGGGAGCUGACAUACAACUUAAAGAUAUCAAUUCGAGGAACGUUCUUCAUCUGGUCGUGAUGAACGGCGGGCGACUGGAAGAUUUCGCUGCUCAUUGCAAAAAUCGAUGCGAUAAAAGCCUUGCGAAGCUCCUAAACGAAAAAGAUAGUACCGGCUGUUCACCGCUGCACUACGCCAGUCGAGAAGGUCACAUCAGGUCCUUGGAGAAUCUGAUUCGUCUUGGAGCUUGCAUUAAUCUGAAGAACAAUAACAACGAGAGUCCUUUGCAUUUCGCUGCCAGAUACGGCCGAUUUAAUACUGCCUGCCAACUGUUAGAUUCUGACAAAGGCACAUUCAUUAUCAACGAAAGUGACGGGGAAGGUCUUACUCCUCUCCAUAUCGCAUCACGGGAAGGUCACACAAGGGUUGUCCAAUUGCUUCUCAAUAGAGGUGCUUUGCUGCACCGAGACCAUAAUGGUAGAAACCCACUGCACCUGGCGGCUAUGAGCGGUUACACACAAACCAUUGAACUACUGCAUUCAGUUCAUUCACAUCUUCUGGACCAUAUGGAUAAAGAUGGGAAUACUCCUCUACAUCUAGCUACCAUGGAGAACAAACCUCGCUCUAUAGCACUGCUUCUUUCAAUGGGGUGCAAACUCUGCUAUAAUAACUUGGACAUGAGCGCUAUUGACUAUGCAAUAUAUUAUAAAUUCCCUGAAGCCGCGUUGGCUAUGGUCACCCAUGAACAACGAGCAAAGGAAGUGAUGGCUCUUCGAUCUGAUCGUCAUCCCUGCGUUACAUUAGCUCUCAUCGCCGCCAUGCCCCGGGUAUUCGAAGCUGUACAGGACAGGUGCAUCACGAAAGCUAAUUGCAAGAAGGAUUCUAAAAGCUUUUACAUUAGGUACUCGUUCAAAUUCUACCAGCGCUCGAAACUUGAGGUAGAUGCGCUAAGAUUGGCGCUGAAUGACCCCAAAUACCGACCAGAACCGUUGUGUGUAAUCAACGCAAUGGUAGCUCAUGGACGCGUUGAAUUACUAGCUCACCCACUGAGCCAGAAGUAUCUGCAAAUGAAGUGGAACUCAUAUGGAAAAUACUUUCAUUUGGCAAAUUUGUUAUUUUACUGCUUUUACCUAACAUUUGUAACAAUUUACGCGUACCUGUUGAUGAUAAGUGCUAUACCAACGGUUGUUACAUCGCACGCGCAGAAGAUCCAUAAAGAAAUGAAUACUACUAGCAGUGCCAAUAACAAUGAUACUUCUGGAUUUCAUGCUGAAUUUGAGAUCGUCGUAGCUAUGUACACCAGCACGAUUUGCAUUCUUGUCUACAACGCCAUCUGCUUGGUCCGAGAAGCUGUUAACAUUAAGGAACAAAAAUGGCGCUACUUCGUGGACCCCUCAAACUUCAUAUCUUGGACCCUCUACAUCUCCUCCACGCUUAUGGUUCUCCCCGCAUUGACUGGCAAUUACACUGACUUACAGUUUUCUGCUGCUGCUCUUACUGUAUUCUUGGCAUGGUUCGAACUCCUACUGCUCCUUCAGAGGUUCGACCAAGUUGGUAUCUACGUGGUGAUGUUCCUGGAAAUCUUGCAGACCCUCAUCAGAGUGCUGAUGAUCUUCUCCAUACUGAUCAUUGCAUUUGGAUUCUCCUUUUUCAUUCUACUCACUAAAGGUCAACACUUGGCUUUCAAUAGCGUUUCAAUGGCUUUAAUGAGGACAUUUUCUAUGAUGCUGGGCGAAAUUGAUUUCGUUGGAACAUAUGUCAUUCCAUAUUACAAAGAUGAUGCCGAUAUUCUGCUACCAUUCCCAUUUCCAACAUUUCUGAUCUUGGGCCUGUUCAUGGUACUGAUGCCGAUAUUGUUGAUGAAUCUGCUCAUUGGUUUGGCUGUAGGCGACAUUGAGAGUGUAAGGAGGAAUGCGCAACUGAAACGUUUGGCUAUGCAGGUGGUGUUACAUACUGAGCUGGAAAGGAAACUGCCAACUGUACUGUUUGAAAAGGUAGACAAAGACGAACUGAUUGAAUACCCGAAUACAAACAAAUGCAAACUCGGAAUACUCGAUUUCAUCUUGAGAAAAUGGUUCUGCGAUCCGUUUACUGAUGAUGUUGGCUUAGAUUUGGUGUUGGAGAGCAACGAGGAUUACAUCGCAUCUGAAUUGGCCAAGCAAAAGCGUCGCAUUCGCGAGAUAUCUCAGCUACUGGAGCAACAGCAUACUCUUGUCAGACUGAUUGUGCAGAAAAUGGAAAUUAAGACCGAAGCGGAUGACGUUGACGAAGGUGUGUCACCAAAGGAUACAAAGGUCGUUCCUCGUUGGAGUUCACCUAGGAUCCGUAAAAAACUCCGCUCGGCACAGUCUAUGAACAAGGCAGUUUAA